GUUGACCGGUAAGUAUAGACACCUUUGCUCUUUUUGGGGGUUGUUCAAUAUUGACCAAUAAUUGCAAUUAGUGUAUUUCAAGUGUUGUUGCAGCACCCAAAUCAAAGAAUGUCCCGUAUUUUUCUUCUAUGUCUAGCAGUUUGCUUGGUCCAAAUCGUUUUGGGUAAAAAAUGCGGUGAAAAUGAGGAGUGGAUGGAGCGCAUCGAUUGCGAAGCGUUCUGUGGCGGAUCCAAAGAUAUGACCGACCGUUGUGAUGCAUACAUUUCUACGUGGGGCUGCAAAUGUAAGAACGGAUUUGUACGCAAUCACAAUAACAAGCGGUGUAUGAGAGAGAAUCGGUGCCCUCGGACAAAUGCGCCGAGAAAGGUAGAAUGCGGAGAGAACGAGGAGUGGACGGAAGUAAUAGGAUGCGAAGCGUUCUGUGGCGGAAAUUACGGAUGCUAUAUCUCCAUUUGUGCAGACAUUCCUACGUGGGGCUGCAAAUGUAAAGAUGGAUUUGUACGUAAUCAUGCUAACCAGCGGUGUAUAAUGCAAGAUAAAUGCCCGCCGAAGAAGUAG